GUAUAAAUCAGCCCUCGCCGACUCCGCCCCUCCAACUCAGAUGUGGAUGAGAGAAAAAAGGCCAGCAACAGUGUAACGGACAACACAGCCUCUCCGCUCAGUGUAGUAGUGGAUGUGUGCUCCGUGAACGGAGAGCAGAGGCGAGCCGCACCGAGCCGCAUGCUGGCCGUUCAGUAAGGCGAACCGGAGCAACAUGGACCGUCGGACAUCAACAGCAGCAUCCAGCGAGGACCGACACAGUCUUUAGGGUCCUGUUAUAUCCUUGAGGACACACGGACAUGAAGAAAUAGAAGCAUCAGUUGAGGCCCUCCAGCUGACCUCCGGGCUAAGUCCUGGCCGUGGGGCUUUGUUGUUGGUGGGCCAGCUGAACAGGCUUGUAUGUGAGUGAGAGGUAAUGAAGUCCAGUAUGAGGCAGUGGCGGAGGCUGGUGCUGGCGGGAAUGCUGGCCUGGGUUCUCCUCUUCCUCGCCCUCCUCUCUUACUUCCUGGAUGCUCGUGUGAAUGAGCCCCUGACCUCUGCUGGCUCUUUACUCUCCCAGCACCCUGACACCCGUCGCCUGGCCUCUAUACAGGCCUCCCAUCAACAGCCUGCCAACCUGGGCUCCCGACCUGAACUGGCUUCCACCUUAACUACAAACUACCCCAGAGAUGAGUCAGAACCAGAGCCCUCUGCCAGCUCCACAACCCCAGAGUUCAGCCUGGAGGUGAGCCACAGCCCGAACAGUGCUCCCUACUCUAUUUAUGGUGGCCAGGAGGCCAGCCAUCAGGACUACCUGGACCCACAGAGCCUGGCGGCCUGGUCCUCCUUUGGUACAGAAAAUGUGGGUUCUCACUCAGACCCUGCAGUCCAGAGUCGUGAGAGAACCUCCCAGACCACAGAGUACCAGAACCAUGCCAGCAACAUGCGCUACCACCGUGGGGAGGAGGAGGAGGAGGAAGAAGAAGAAGAUGAUGAGAGGGAAAAUGAAGAUGAAGAACAAGGAAACAAGAGGAGGACUGCAACAGGCAGGAGGGCUGGCAGUGACUCCUCUGAUCUAGAGGAAUAUUACUUUUCCAAGUCAGCCUCUGUGGUCCAGCGGCUGUGGCGGGGCCGCGUGUCCGCCGGCAUGCUGAGUCCUCGGCUGCAGCGUGCCAUGAAGGACUACGUCAGUGCCAACAAACACCGUGUUUCCUACAAGGGGCAUCGCAGGGCUGCCCAGAGUGCUAAAGAGAUGCUGUGUCAAAUGAAAGCCCAGGCCCGGCUGAGGACAGUGGACGGGUCAGAGCAGCCAUUCUCCUCACUUGGUUGGGCUCGCCUCGUGCCGUCUCUUCCCCUGGAGCAACUGCACGGACGGCAGGACCAGAGCAGCUUCAAGACCUGUGCAGUGGUCACUUCGGCCGGUGCCAUCCUGCGCUCAGGACUGGGCAAAGAGAUCGAUACUCACGACGCAGUUCUACGGUUCAACGCUGCACCUACAGAGGGAUACGAGAGAGACGUGGGGAACAAAACCACUAUUCGCAUCAUCAACUCGCAGAUUUUAGCCAAUCCAAAGCAUCGAUUCAACACAAGCUCAAUUUAUAAGAACGUGACCCUGGUGGCCUGGGAUCCUGCACCUUACACUGUCAACUUACACAAGUGGUAUGCCAGUCCCGACUACAACCUGUUUGGUCCAUACGUGGAGCACCGCAAGCUCCAUCCUCACCAGCCCUUCUACAUCCUUCACCCCAGCUAUGUGUGGAGACUCUGGGAUGUGAUUCAGGGCAACACUCAGGAGAAUAUCCAGCCUAAUCCUCCCUCGUCUGGAUUCAUAGGCAUCCUCCUGAUGAUGGCGCUAUGCGAACAGGUGCAUGUGUACGAGUACAUUCCCUCCAUGAGGCAGACGGACCUGUGUCACUACCAUGAGCGUUACUAUGAUGCUGCCUGUACACUGGGUGCCUACCAUCCACUCCUGUAUGAGAAGAGCCUGAUCCAGCGGAUCAACACAGGGCCCGAGAGUGACCUCAGGAGGAAGGGGCGGGUUACUCUUCCAGGCUUAAGCACCGUCAACUGUGACAUCUGAGAUAUGAAACCUAACCCUCUGAGCCCAAACAUACACACACACUCUAGCCUUUUCUGGCUGACUAAGGGAGAGGUGCAAUAAAGCCACUGGAGACAAGGAGGCUGGAGCGUCGAAGUUUCAAAUUAGACCCAUCAAGAACAUAAGCCAUAGCCCUCCAGGGAGGGAUCAACGUGGAGGCUUCUGAAAGAACUUGUCUUCAUUAAGAUGGUUUACUAGACCAGAGACUGGCAGGAAGAGUCUCCAAGACGGAGCUGAAAAAGACAUUUUUCUCUGCUUUAGCUGAGCCACGUUAGCUGUGGGGCUGACUAGGGUAGCAACAGAUUAGUGUUUUUAGAUAGACAAGUGAAUUUUCAAUAACUGGGUGUGUUUCAAUGGUGUAAUAUGUGUUUUACAAUAAGAUGGGUGGUUCUCCACUUAAAAAGGAAAUGCCACUGUUUAUAACGGUGGAUAUUUGUGAUUUUGUUUUUCUUUUUUCUUUUUUACUGGUCCAAAGGGUUGAGAAUAAGCAAAGAAGUCAUCCACGCUGAAUGUCAUAAAUGCAACAUACACUCAGAAAUAUACACGCACUCACACAAACAUGCACUACUGUACUGUACACUGUCAUCGCUCUGCAGCAGGUUUUCCAGUUUGACAUUCCUCUGAUAUCAUCUUGUGAAAUCAGAAGUUGUGUUUACGUGUUGUCAUGAGGGGUUGAUUUCACAGGGCAGAUUGUUUUUAAGCUUAAUUACAAAUUAGUCUCCUGUGCAUGCCAAUUUGCCAGCUCACAACCACCAGUUAUCACUCCUUGUUCACACGUGUAGGAUCAUUUCCUCAUUCAGUGUCAGUUUGUUGCCCACGGGACGCCCAAGGCACUGGUUGUCCUGUUUUGGUUACCCUACCUAUAGUAACUUUUUUUUACUGUCAGUGUAAUUAAACUAAAGUUAAUGGGGCCAAAAUGGAUCUUGAGAACAAACCGGUGCUCAGAACAGCCGUAACCCUGUGCCUAGUGGUCAGCUGAACACUUUCCUUGGGUUGCCUUGUGACUGUUCAGAUACAUGCAGUACAUACUGUGGCAGGACUGCAGUAACGUGGAGUUUAAUUGCAGUGAGUGGUCCGGAGCAGUUGAUAUUGCUGAAGUGAGCUGUAUCAGGGGAUUUGUAGCUCUGCACACAGCAAUCACCAGCCCCUGUUUUUUUGACAGUUCACUCUUUAUUGAAUGUAAUUUUACCAUUGCGUCUAAUGGCCAAACCCUCCCUGGUGGUCACCGCUGCAGUAUGGUAUUCUUUGUCUAUGUCACGUAAGCGCAUGAAGCUCAUUUCCUAAAACGAUUAAUGUGUCAUAUUGGUCUGUAUCUGUCUGCAGCUCAGAGUGGAGACAAUUAUAAGAGAAAGAAUUUGAACUGGUAAUAUCAUCAGAUUUGCGUUUUCUCCGGAUAGGAUGAUUUUUAUGUUUACAGUCAGUCAGUGCCACAUCUGCAGCAAGUUCUAGAGGUAGCUUGAAGAGGAGGGUUGGUUGUGGUUGGUUGUUUUUGCUGCAGAUUUUCAGUCAGAUAAAUCUUGCCUAUAAUAGAUUUCUUUUGCUAAGUGUACUAUUAUACAAAAUGUUCUUGUGCCAUUGGUUGUGGUUUGUAAUAAGAUGUGAAAACUUGUCUCAGAAAUGUUACAUUGAAUAGUCUGAUGUAUGUUGAAUUAGAUGGCUCUGUAGAAGUAGUAUGUAGAUGAUUCUGGGGCUUAGCAUUACUUGUUGAGUAGGGCUGGGUAUCAUCCAAAAUGUGUCAGUGCAAUUACAAAUGUGUACUGGGCUGAUACCGACACAACACAUUUUUUGAAAACCUUUUUUUCUACCAAAAAGAACCUUUUUUAUACCUGAUCGAAGGAAAGAAACAAGCAUCCGACAAAGUAUUUGGUGCCACUUUUCAAUACUUGACUUGAAAAAUCUAUUAUGGUAUUUUAUAUUGCAACAUUGACUUACUGUUUAUUAUGAUAAAGUAAAUCUAAUACACCAGCCCUGCAGUAAAUUCAUUAAAAUAAAUGGGAGUGGAAAAACACUGCAGCCUCCAAAAUGAUCAUACAGUUUCAUCAAAAUCAGAACAUUAUAACCUUCGUUAAGGUAGGAUUUAUUGUAGGGCUUUUGCAUUAGACUGCAUUACUUUGAGUUAGGUGCUGCUAAUAAAUUGGCGACUGAGUGUAUGUAUAGAUGAAAUAACCAGAUCAGACUAAACAUCAUGACUAAUUCAGUGAAUUACACACAUGACAAAGGUAUUUCAUCACAUUGAUGCAAAAUCCUGUGAAUCUAAUAAUGCCAUAAAGCAGUUCUCCUCAUUGAUUUGCAGCUGCCUCGGCACAAAUUGUAUUGAAAUAUUUCUGACAGUUGACAAAUGGUCUCAUGUUGUAUAUAAGGUCGUAUCGCCCAACCCUUCUUGGCGGUCUUUGAUAAUUGAUGCUAUGGACGUAUUUUGCUUGGAUGCAAAAAAGUAUUGAGGUUUGAUACCCAGCCCCAGUUUUAGGUUGAUGGUUUGGCAUGUGAUUAGAAUAUCUUUGGACCAAGAAACCCAGUUAAGUCAGUAACUGUUAGAGGACUGUAAUAGACUGAAGAAAACAUUUUUGAAGCUGGAGGAGAUUUACCGUUCAUUUUGAAUCAUGCAGUUUCUCGGCUCUGCUGUAGUUUUUACAUUUCUCUGUUGAGAUAAAUGAUCAAUUGUUUUAUUGCUUGUGAUUGUAACACACUGAAGGUGCAGAAAACCUGAACAUAUUGUACAUGUAUAUUUCUAAUAACUUUGAUUACUUUCCAAUGCACAGAGCAUGCAAAUCAGGAUCAGGGCCGAGAGUCUUAAACUGUCUGUGCUGUACUGUGCUGCAAGUAGACACCAUUGUCAUUAAUGUUGUGAGAGGCUAUGAGAUUUUUUAUUUUUAAAGUGGUGUUUUGGAGAUUUUAGUGCAUGCUUGUGAACAGGGAAAUCACGUCCAGCUGCGGUGCAGCUAUUAGCAGUUCCCUGGGAGCACUUUAUUAAGUGCAAUGCCUUCUGGUAACUUCAUGUUUGCAUCUUAAUAUUGUGCCAAAUUCCAUUUUUAGUUAUGUCUCAGCAGGGUGGCGAUGGGUGCGAUGUGGUCUCAAGAGUAAUAGCAGGAUUUCCAAGGUGCUAUUGCUUCUCUCCGGGAUGCUUAAUGAGUAACAUAAUUCAAUUUUGAAGUCUAUUAAAAACAAAAAUUCUAUUGCCAGUUUAAAAAUUUUAAUGCCUGACCAGUGGUGAAGUGGUGAGAAGAGAAAACAUUUGUAGGCACUACAUUUUGCCCUUUCGAGUCUCUUGAUCUCCACUCUUUACUCUCAAGGCCUGUUUUUCAUAUCUUGUUUUUACUCAAAAUUGUGGGAAUAGCUGCACCACACUGCCUCUAAAGGAUUGUUCAACAUUUAAGUUUUACAUUCCCCUCCUGCAGAUUCCUGCAGUAUUUCUGAAAAGAGGAAGAGCAAAAGAAGCAUCCAUGACGGACAAAGAGCGAAAGUCCUGUUUCACUUUGAACAGCCUUAGGGUGUCGACUUUGAUUUAUCAGUGAAUUCUCUUCUUUUUAAACUUGAAUUGAUAUUUAAAUAGACCAUUUGUAUGAUUUCAGCUGUUGUAAUCUGUCUUUUUUUACUGUGUAAAUAAAGCUGUUAUACAUGUCA